GAAUGACUGUUGCAGACGCUGACUUGGGAGCGAGCUUGAACUGCGCGCCAGAAUGAGCGCUGGUUAGGCUGAUCCAAUCCGAUCUUUAUGCCUGGAAAUAUUUUUUUUUAAUUUAAUUCGUCACAUUAGGCGUGUCAGAUCAUGAGUGAAUUUCGCAUCCAUCAUCAAGUGAGUGAACUCUUCUCACUCCUUGGGAUCAAAUCAGAUGCUGCAGAGAGGUACACUGAGCACUUGAGCAACUCUGCAGAACGUAUGGAUAAUGGGCAGGAAUCUGCAGCAAGUGCUGUACAUAUUCUAGCUGAGGCAGCUCCAGAUCCACAGGCCUUUCUCACGAAAUACAAUGAGCUCAAGAGUCGCAAUAUGCGUGACCUAGACCGCUUAGUUGUGGUGCUGAGUGGAUUGGUGCAGGACCCUGGGAUAAGGCAAGCAGUAGAAGGUAGAUCCAGGCUGAGGCUAGAAGAAGAUGGGCUGUCUCUCACAACAGUUCCUUCAGUUCUUGCUGAUAUUGAACAGGCUACCCAGACUACUCUCUCUAGAGAUCAGCUAAAUGAGCUGCGAGAGCGACUACUCCGGGAAUCCCAAGUUAGCCAUGCCCCUAGUGAAGCACUACAAAACAUAGAAAGGAUGAAUGAAUCUAGAGCCCGUCAUCUGGGGCCCACAACCCCGGAGUGGCUGGACAACCGGCCAUAUCUCUCCUUGGACUUUGUCAAGGUGGAACAGAGUCAGGAUGGUGGCAUUUUAGGCAACAUUGCAUCCACAUCCCAAGAGCACCAACUGAUUGAAGAUGUUUUGAAUGUAAUGAUGGGUAUAGAGGGAAUGUACAUCACUGUACAGCUGCCUUCCAAGCAUUAUGAUCCACCUCAGUUUACUGUUGAUACCUCUGUAGAACCUUCUUUGAGGACUCUGGUGAGCCGUAUUCUACCACUUUGUGGCCAUUAUUCACAGCUCACAAGGUUUGUGGAGAGUCGCAGCAGAUACCACCAUGGUCUAGUUAACCAUGCUUUAUCAGCUGCCAUCACAUCCCUCAUUAAGGAUUACAUGUUAUUGGUUACACAAUUGGAGGGACUUCAUCAGCGAUGGGCUCUUACCCUGCACAAAUUGUACUUUUAUGUGGAAAAGACUAUGGCAGUGAUGGAUAUGUUGGCUUCAGUUACCAAAGUCAUUAGCAAGUCUGAUGCUCAUGGUGGUGCUGUUUUAAGCCUUCUUCAUGAUCGCACUACCAAUCUGACUGGUUGUGGCCAACUGCAGGAAGUGAUGCUUUUCCUCACACAGUCUGCUGCUGUUCCAUACAUGGAUAUGUUAACCAAAUGGUUAAAGAGAGGCAUCAUUAAUGAUCCUUAUCAUGAGUUCAUGGUAGUUGACAGGGAGAGUGGAAGUGAGGAAGAUGAAGAGGAAGAUCCUGCUGAUGACUAUUGGGAAAAACGUUACACAACUGUGGCUCAAAACAUUCCCUCAUUCCUGCAACACCAUGCUACUGUCAUUCUUCGUACAGGAAAAUAUCUCAAUGUGAUAAGACAGUCUGAUCAGAGUGUAGUGUGCCCAGAUCCUGGGGUCCUGGUGUAUGGUCUGUGCUCACGCUCCUAUGGUGAACUUAUUGAAAAAACCUACAACUUUGCUUCAAAAAGGAUACUUCAGCUUCUCAUGGAGGAAAAGGAUCUCAUGGGUCGCUUAAGGUCAAUCAAGCACUACUUUCUGCUGGACCAAGGAGACUUUGUUGUGCAGUUAAUGAGUCUCUGCGAGGAAGAGUUGACUAAAAACAUUGAUGAUGUGCUGCCAACAAGACUGGAGUCUUUACUUGAACUGGCACUCAGAACCUCUGCUGCCAACUCUGAUCCCUAUAAAGAUGACAUUGAAUGUGACCUCCAGCCUAUUACUUUAAUGAAUCAAAUGUUGAGGAUCCUCAGCAUUGAGACAGAAGAUGAACGAGAGUACUACCCUCAAGAAGAGAGGCUGCAGCUCACUGGCUUAGAAGGCUUCUCCCUUGGUUACAAAGUCACUUGGCCUCUGUCGUUGGUGCUGGACAAGAAAACUAUUGCCUGUUACCAGAUGAUUUUUAGACACCUGUUUUAUUGCAAGCAUGUUGAACAGUUACUAUGUAGGGUUUGGGUUAGCAACAAGGUUGCCAAGAGCUUCCCUGUGUCUGCAUCUCGAACUUACACUGCUGCAUUUGCUCUGAGGCAACGGAUGCUCAACUUUAUUCAAAAUAUUGAGUACUACAUGAUGUUUGAGGUCAUAGAGCAUAACUGGCAGACCUUCAUAAAUAAAAUGCAGAAGGUGGAGAAUGUGGAUGAUGUGUUAUCUUUCCACAAUGACUUUCUUAGUGGAUGCCUCAAGGACUGCAUGUUAACUUCACCAGAGUUACUGCGCAUAAUUUCAAAGCUCACUUCAAUCUGUGUCAGCUUCGCCAACUUCAUUGAGGACUCGCCAGAACCUGCUGCCACUACCCAUGAAGACAGCCAGAGUUUUGAACAGACUAUAUCUCGUUUUGAACUACAGUUUUCUGGCAUGAUCUACACUCUCAUGGAAAGGAUCCUGGAGAUGGGGAGAGACAGUUACAAUGAUGCUCUUGUAAAUGUAAUAUAUAGGUUGGACCUUAACAUGUAUUACACUAAGAAGCAUGAACAUCUGAGGCUUGUAGCAUCUCCAGAUGCCUCAGUAGAAUGCAAUAGUGGUCCACUUUCAUCGGAAUGUGAAGAAGCAGCUCAAGAUAUGCCACAUCUCUAGAAAAAUUACUGAAGUGUUUUCAUGUUUUACAGCAAUAAACACUGGAAUACAGACUAUUACUACUACUAUCAUGCAGACUCUUAUGAAGGAGAAGACCUAUCUAAUAUGUCUUGUUUUCAAUAGUAAUUGAGUCUGACAAAGAUGACAAAGCCUGAGUUUUAGAAACAUGAAAAUCUGAGGAAAGUAGUGUAGAAGAAAUCUAUCAAUUACUUUCUUGAUAACCAUUAAUAGAAACCUCACCACUCCUGAUAUUAGACAAGACUUGGCCAUAUAUAACAUUAAGAGUUUCUCAGGAUUAGUUCAGCUUCCUUUAUGAUUUAAUUUUUGUUAUUUUUGUAUUCUUGUAUUUAUCAUAUACAAAUUGACCAUUGACCAGCUUGAUUAAUUUUAAUCUGGCAUAUUUUCAGCUGGCUAUAUUCUCUGCCGUGGUCAUGUGAAUAGUUCACUGUGCAUGCCCACAAGUGCCACUGCAGUCAUAACAUGGUACCCCUAUUGUGUGAAUUCUGGCCCUCCCACCCCUCAUGUCAAAAUUGCUCCCAAAAGACAUCUUUGUGCAUGAACAUUAUAGUGAAGGUAUCUUUUUACAUUUUAUAUAUUUUUGACGUCUGUAUGGAGUUAUAUUGGCAGAUUACUAUAGCUCUGUUGUCUGGAAAAUGUUAGAUGUGGACCAAAUAAAGUCAAGCAAUCUUAA